AUGGGCUGCACGUGGGGAAACGGGUGCAUUGGCAAGUGGCCGAUUGAUGGCGCUCGUGCCACGGUGCAGCGAUACGGGCUGCCUUGCACUCCGGAGGAGUUGCUAGCGCAGAGCCACGUGCUGGUGGAAGAGAGUCGAGGGGAUGGAUGGGUGGGAUGCAUGGGGAAUGGGGAGGGGAGUGAAGCGGCAUGGGAGGCGCUCAACGCCACGGUGCAGCGAUACGGGUUGCCUUGCAGUGUUUGCAGUGCGGACGAGUUGCUAGGAGUUGCAAGAGCAGAGCCACGUGCUGGUGGAAGAGAGGUGGAGCCAGGCCAAGCCCCUCCCAGGAGCCCACCGUCUGAUGCAGCACCUGCAGGCGUGCGGCAUCCCCAUGGCCGUAGCUUCCAGCUCGCCCCGACGCAACGAUGGACGGACAUGCUGCAAGUGCUGGUGGGAGGGGAUGAGGUGGAGCACGGCAAACCACGCCCUGACAUUGCUCCCAUCUCUUCCCCACUCACACCCCUCUUUCCUCACGCACACCCCUCUUUCCUCACUCACACCCCUCUUUCCUCACGCACACCCCUCUUUCCUCACUCACACCCCUCUUUCCUCACUCACACCCCUCUUUCCUCACGCACACCCCUCUUUCCUCACUCACACCCCUCUUUCCUCACUCACACCCCUCUUUCCUCACUCACACCCCUCUUUCCUCACUCACACCCCUCUUUCCUCACUCACACCCCUCUUUCCUCACUCACACCCUUCGCCUCUCCCACUCUCUCCCUCGUUCUUGACCAUGCCUUGUAUGCCUUCCCCCUCUUACCCCUCCCUCCUUCCCUUGUGUUGCUCGCUGUCUCACCAAACUCCCCUCACACCAACUUACUGACCCUGUGCAGGGUUGGGCUUGCAGGUGAAGGUCUGAGUGCAGGGGUUGAGGCCGCUGUGGCAGCAGGCAUGUGGGCACUUGCGGUGCCUUCCCUACCGAAUAAGGCCGCCCGGCCACUCUACUCCGCCGCCCACCAGCUGUUGCCCUCUCUGCUGGACUUCCAACCGCAGCACUGGGGCCUCCCUUCCUUCUCUGAUUGGCAGCACCGCUCUCUCCCCAUCCCUCCCUGGUACAUCAAAGGCGCGGGCUGCACCGCUCUCUCCCCAUCCCUUCCUGGGCUGCACCGCUCUCUCCCCAUCCCUCCCUGGUACAUCAAAGGCCCGGUCAUCAAGGGAUUUGGGCGCGGCUCAAAGGUCCUCGGCAUUCCCACAGCCAACCUCCCAGCCUCAUCAUUCACAGGGCAUCUAGCAGAGCACGUGUGUGGCAUCUACCACGGGUGGGCAGGGCUGAAGGGCAGGGGCGUGUUCAAGAUGGUCAUGAUGGGCGUGUUCAAGAUGGUGAUGAGUGUGGGGUGGAACCGCUUCAUUAACAUCACAAACAAGACUGAGCCAUGCCUCCUGCAUGAUGGUGGGCAAUGUGUAACCGCCCCAAUCUACCUUCUUUCUCCUGCCGCUCAUUCCCAUGAGCCAUGCCUCCUGCAUGAUGGUGGGCAAUGUGUAACCGCCCCAAUCUACCUUCUUUCUCCUGCCGCUCAUUCCCAGGAGCCAUGGCUGCUGCAUGAUUUCGGGGAGGACUUUUACGACGAGGAGCUCAGGCUGGUGGUGGUUGGAUACAUCCGCCCUGAGGCCGACUUUCCCUCGCUCCCCGCGCUCAUAGCUCGCAUCCACGAGGAUGGGGCCAUCGCUCGCACUGCUCUUGACUCGCCCCCCUUCGCCUCGUUCAAAGAAGAUCCUUUUCUGGCUGAAGGCUAA